GUCGUCGACCAACACUUGCACCCAAUCAGCUUCAUCCUUAGAGGCCUCGGUGGCUUGAAGGAGGUAAUCAGGAAGGCGAGAUCGCUUUUCCCGCUGCGUUCCGCUCUAUGCCCGUGUCGAGUUUUGGAUAGCGCAGCAUGAAGGGGAGAGGCGCAGUCCAUUCUCGCAGAAUUCCGUACAUAUGUUCAUUUAGGACAACGGUUGAUCUUGGUUAUCGGAGGUGCUCCUUGACGUUUCGUACUCUUUACAAUCUCCCAUUAUUACACGCAUCCCACUUUUGGCCGCGGACACCCGAAGCCGACACAAACGUACAUGCAGAUUCAACACAAGAGAACCAGCUCCCGGGCUUUCGAUUUCGGACUCACGCCCGAUAGCAAACUCAUCCAUUGUCCCGGCAAAGAUGCAUGCUCGCCGCCGCCCCGUAUCCGUUUCUGUGGACCCUGUAUCUCUCGUCAUAUCGGAAUGCAUUUCGAUCACCACUACGAUCCAGAAACAUGCACACUCGCCGCAUUCUUCAGUCUCCGCCAUCCUGGGAGGUAGUCCCAGCCAGGUCCCGAUUGCGCGGCCUAGUCUCGCAGCACACAGCCAGGACACGUCCAUUACCCUGGACAACGAGGAUACUAUUGAGCCUGGUCCUACGAACAGAUGGGGUCUUCGAGGCAAACGAGGCAAGAGCAUCCAGGACCACCCUUUAAUGGCGGGCUUCGGAAGACUUCGACUUGAACUUGCUUCCAUACGAGAUAUUCAUGCGUUUGAUGCACUGUCCCUAUUGAAUCCGUUUCUUUUAGUGCUACAGAGCAAACGAACAGCGGCGCCGGUCACUAUCCUGACCCUAAGUGCUCUGCGAAAGUUUCUAGCAUACGGGUUUGUGUGUCCGUCAUCUCCACGAUUUAAUCUUGCCAUGCAGGCCUUGACGGCUGCCGUUACGCGGUGCCAGUUCGACACCAGCGACCCUGGACAAGUCGAAGUGGUUCUUCUCAUGAUCUUGCAUUUGAUGGAGGAUAUGAUGUCGGGCCCCGGCGGGAACAUGCUGAGCGACGAGAGUGUGUGCGAUAUGAUGGGCCGCGGCCUUGCUAUCUGCUCCCAGCCACGAUUUUCCCCGGUUCUACGACGCACUGCCGAGGCCGUUAUGGUGCGAAUGUGUCAGAUUAUAUUUGAAGAUGUGAAGCACCUAGCAGAGGUUGAGGGAGAGACCAACCCUGAUGCCCUGGUCUCCGAUACCAAUGGAGGUAUCGGCAGUGUGAUGAUAAAUCUGGGACCGGCCGGGUCAAUUGGCGGUUCGCACUCCGCUGCCAAGGUUGAUGCGCCCACAGCACGGCAAACCACCGACGCCAGAGGGCACGAGAAUGAUGAGGCGCGUGCUGACUUCUCGGACAAAAGCAGCAUGGAAAUUGAGGGGGGAAUUGGGGACGAUGAUGCUCAGUCUCUUGACCUUCGGCCCUACUCACUCCCAACUGUCCGGGAGUUAUUCAGGGUCCUCGUCAAUUUUCUGAACCCCGACGACCGCCAACACACAGAUACAAUGAGGGUCAUGGCUCUGCGCAUCAUCCAUGUUGCCUUGGAAGUAUCCGGCCCGCUGAUUACACGACAUCCAACUCUUGCUCUGAUUGCCGAAGAUCAGCUGUGCUGUUAUCUUUUUCAACUCGUCCGUUCUGACAAUAUGGCCAUUCUGCACGAGUCCCUGAUUGUUGCGGGUACGCUUUUGGCAACGUGCCGCAGUGUUCUCAAGCUGCAACAGGAGCUUUUUCUCUCCUAUCUCGUUGUCUGUCUGCAUUCCUCUGUGGAGAUACCGCGAGAACCAGCCAUUGAACCGGCCCUCUAUGCUGGCAUCCCCCAGGCCCCGAAACUCGCAAGGAAGCCAUCUUCGCAGGCAAAUAGUGGUCGCUCAACCCCUGUGCCUGUUAAAGACCGUCAAAAGCUUGGUCUUGAAGGCGGCGCGAGGAAGCCGGACGCGCGUCAAGCAAUGGUGGAAACCGUUGGAGUUUUGUCAAGGAUACCAACAUUCAUGACGGAGCUUUUCGUCAACUAUGACUGCGAUCCAGACAGAGCAGAUCUUUGUGAAGAUCUUAUCGGGCUCCUUUCCAGGAACGCUUUGCCUGACUCCGCGACUUGGAGCACAACGAGUGUCCCUCCACUAUGUCUGGAUGCCCUUCUCCGAUAUAUUCAGUUCAUGGCUGAGCGUCUCGACCAGGAGCGUGUUCCCGAGAAUUACCCCGACGUAGUCAACUUAAGGGAGCAGCGGCGAAGAAAACGGAUAAUCAUCAAAGGAGCCGAGAAGUUCAACGACAACGCGAAGGAGGGUUUACAAUACCUCCAAGCUCAGGGCAUCAUUGAGGAUAUUCAAAAUCCUGUCCUGGUGGCGAAGUUUCUGAGAGGAACGUCUCGAGUGAACAAAAAGAAACUCGGCGAGUAUUUGUCGAAGAAGGGGAGCGAAAGUGUUCUUGAGGCAUACAUGGAUACCUUCAAUUUUACCGACAAGAGAGCCGAUGAAGCUUUGAGGUCUCUAUUAGAGACCUUCCGGCUCCCUGGCGAGUCGCCGCUCAUUGCAAGGAUCGUCACAUCUUUCGCUGAUCGAUACUGCACAAAGGCAGCGCCCGCCGAGGUGGCCAACAAGGACGCGGCUUUCGUCCUAACUUACGCCAUCAUCAUGCUCAAUACGGACCAGCAUAAUCCAAACGUCAAAUCUUCCAAGAGAAUGUCACUUGAGGACUUUUCUAGAAACCUGCGAGGUGUGAAUGACGGCGGAGAUUUUUCACCGGAGUAUCUUGAGAAGAUAUAUAACUCGAUCAAAACGAAUGAAAUCAUUCUUCCGGACGAGCACGACAACAAGCAUGCCUUUGAUUAUGCCUGGCGGGAACUCUUGAUGAAGAGUGAAUCAGCCGGUCCCAUUCUUCUCUGCAACACCAACAUCUACGAUGCCGAUAUGUUCACCACCACGUGGCGUCCCAUCGUGUCGACUUUGUCCUAUGUGUUCAUGUCAGCUACUGACGAUGCUGUCUUCGCCCGCGUUGUUACGGGCUUCGACGAGUGCGCCAGGAUCGCGACCAAAUACGGCAAUACAGAGGCGCUGGACCAGAUCGUCUAUUCGUUGAGCCACAUGACGACUAUCGCCACUGAGACAGCUUCCAAUACCAGCCUGAAUACCGAAGUACAGGCAGGUGACAAUAGUGUCAUGGUAAGCGAGCUAGCAGUCAAGCUAGGCCGGGACUUCAGGGCGCAACUGGCCUUGCUCGUACUGUUUAGGGUCGUCACGGGAAGUGAAGGUCUGCUGCGAAAGGGCUGGCAAUAUGUUAUUCGUAUAUGGCUAAACCUUUUCGUCAACUCUCUCAUCCCCCCUUACUUCUCAACUGCGUCACCACUCACGGUUAUCACUUCCAUUCCGCUGCAGACCCCGUCGCAAGUUAUAGACCGAGCCUCCAAAACAGCCGACACGAGUUUUUUCUCGGCAUUCACAUCGUAUAUAUCGAGCUACGCGGCUGAUGAACCCCCCGAACCGUCCGACGAGGAGCUCGAGAGCACGCUGUGCACGGUCGACUGUGUGAACUCUUGUGACAUGGGCGUCGUAUUUGCGAACAUUGCCAAAAUCGGGACAGAAGACCUUGGGCCAUUGGUUGACGCCUUGCUCGCAACCCUGCCAAGCGAGCAGAACGCGACAAUGAUAACCCUUAAACCAGAGGCCGUCUCUUCGGCGCCGCAGCGUGAUCUCGGAGAGCAUGACAACUACUACGAUCCCACCCUGUUGUUUGCUUUAGAAUUCGUCACCAGUCUCGCAUUGCGAGAUAAUGACACUAUCGGGUCCUUUGGGGCCAAGGUCGUGGAGGCUCUCCAGGUGAUCCUACGGGAUGCGAAUCAACAUCACAUCGUUACGGUUUCAAGGGCGACAUACUACCUCUUUUGCCUUCUCCGUGCAAGCUACCAGGCUCAUGAUUACAUCAAUGUUCCCGUACUUCUGCACUCCAUAGCCAGCUUUUCGGAGGACUCUUUGUCGAAGUCAUCCAUGUUGGUUGUGCAAGGCUUGAAGGCAUGCAUUGAUGAUCCGGGGCCCUUGCGACACGAGAUCAUGACCUCCCCGGAUUUCUGGGUCAUUAUGAGAGCUCUCGCAUCCAGGUAUGAGGCUGCGUCCGUGGUCUUCGAGCUUCUCGAGCGUGCCUGUACCGGCGUGCCGCCAACUAUCAUGGCCAACAACUACGAGGCUGCGAUUCUUCUGCUUGGAGAGUUUUCUUCAGCAGCUGGUCAUGCGAUGCUCGCGGAGCGAAGAAAAGCACAGAAACACCACAUAUCCGAUGAGGGAGAGUUGCAACGCGCUAAUGAAACCAUGUCUCGGGGAGUCCAAGGCGUUGCAACGAUGUAUAAGAUGACGACUCGAAUUCCAGAGUUGAUGGAGCAAUCGCACUUGGAGAGCGGUGAAGCUUGGUCGGCGUAUUGGCUACCAAUUCUCAGUGCUCUAGCGAUGCAUUGCACUAAUCCCUGCCGAGAUGUUCGACUACUGGCCUUCACUUCACUGCAAAGGUCACUUCUAUCACCCAGCGUUACAUGCCGUGAUCAUCGGGAGUGGACUGCCAUCUUCAGUGAGGUCCUAUUUCCAUUGGUCCAUAAAUUACUGAAACCCGAAGUUUUCUCCUCUGAUCGAGAUGGAAUGGGUGAGAUACGCGUGCAAGCGGUGUCACUACUCUGCAAAGUAUUCCUUCGGUACCUCGUUCUCCUCUCGGCCUGGGAUGGCAUGCUGGAUCUCUGGGUAAAGAUCAUUGAAAUCAUGGACAGAUUGAUGAACAGCGGUCAAGCCGACAGUCUGGAGGACGCCGUGAGAGAAAACUUAAAGAACGUCAUUCUCUUUAUGGCGAGCAAUGGGUACAUGGUUUCCCGUGGUGAGGGUGUAGAUAAGAAGCUCGUUUGGGAUGAGACAUGGAAGCGCAUCGAUCGCUUCAUGCCUGAUUUGAAAGGGGACAUGGUUUUGGAUGAGCCGAGAACAGGGGACGACCAGGUCUCGCUGAAACCUGAGCUCAGUCCAUCCGACCAGAUUCACAGGACAUGCUAAGCAACAAGCAAGAUGGCUAGAUUGGGGGUGUCAGAUGCCCACAGCCACCUUAUCGAGGUGGCACAACCUAUACUAUAUUAGACGUGUUGUCAGAACACAAAUAAGGUACGCG